GACUUGAUAAAUCAUUUUCUUUCAACGUCAAAUAAACAAAACAAACCAUUUCAGGUCUUCGCAUACAACUCACAAUGGCCGAGAACCCCGGAUACCCGUCGCCUACCAAAGGAUGGCACAACAAAGCUCAGCCCUCGGCUGACCCCUCGAAUCCUGCACUGUCUGCCAAGGGAAAAUCCGUCCUCGUCACCGGAGGCGGCAAUACUGGAAUCGGAGGAGAAACAGCUCGCUGGUUCGCUCGAGCCGGUGCUGCGCGUAUCGGUCUCCUCGGACGUCGCGAAGGACCCUUGCUCGAGAACAAGGCAUUGAUCGAGAAGAUCAACCCCGACGUCGAGGUCUUUAUUCAAAGCACCGAUGUCACCGACGAAAAGGCCGUCGAGUCCGCUUUUGCGGCCUUUGCUGGACAGGGUAAGAUCGACACCUUGAUUCACGCCGCUGCCGUAAUCGGACCAAAGGAGAACGUCCUCCAAGCCGAUCCGAAAGAGUACUUUGAUGGAAUCCGUCUCAAUCUGGAAGGAGGUUUCUGGGUCGCCAGAUCGUUCGUCCGUCAUGCUGCCCCGGACGCGCACGUCGUCGCCAUCAACUCUUGGGGUGCCCACCUCAGCCUGAACGAUGCUUUCGCCUCAUACUGUGUGGCCAAACUGGCUGUCUACCGUCUGUGGGACACGGUACUCCUCGCUGCGCCCAAUUUGAGCAUCUUCCACAUUCAGCCUGGGGUGGUGCUCACCGAAAUGAAUCUUUCUGUUGGCGGUGCCGCGAGCUUCAAAGACAUCAAGACAGACGACGUGACCUUGCCAGCAAGCUUUUGCCUUUGGCUUGCCAGCCCGGAAGCUCGUUUCCUGAGCGGCAAGUUUUUGUGGGCCAACUGGGAUAUUGAUGAGCUCAAGGCUCGUGCAGAAGAGCUGAAGUCGGGAGACGAGUUGAACAUUACUGUGAACGGCUGGCCUUUCAAAUCAGGAAUGUAAAUAUCAGCGGGAUGCCAUGAGUUGUAUAUGACAUAUCAUAUAAGUACUAGAUGCGUUAUGCGUCGUAACUAUUUCUUCAAGCUCG